UCUUCCCAAACUUAACUACCAAAGGAGAGAGAUGAUAGCCUGCCGUAAUGCUGUUUUUCUUUACCCCUGGGCCUGAGAAACCUUUUAAAUCUCUUCAAAAAUGUUGGCGCAGACGAGGACCGUAGGCUAAACAACAUUCCUGGACGUGCAAUUCUCUCCCCUCCAGGUCAUGAUCAGCUCAAUGUAUUUGUCCUCUCAGGGCCAUACUUCAGCCCAUGGCCUCGACAGGACUUCAUUGAAAACAUAUCUAAGGGAAGACUGGGACACAAAGGGGGAUGUCAUGAAAAAGGUUGUGAUCAACGUUGGUGGCAUGCGUCAUGAAACUUACAUGAGCACUCUGAAGAGCUUGCCUGGUACACGUUUGGCUAAACUGAUGGAUCACGACCCAAGUGGUGACCUUGAAUUCUUCUUCGACAGACAUCCAGGUGUUUUCUCCAAUGUUCUGAAUUAUUACAGAACCGGUAAGCUUCACUGUCCAACAGAUGUCUGCGGUCCCCUUUUUGAAGAGGAGUUGGCUUUUUGGGAGGUCGACAAGGCGGACGUGGAACCUUGUUGCUGGAUAACAUUCUGCCAACAUAGGGAUGCCGAAGUGGCCCUUGCAGCGUUCGGUCCAUCUGACUCAAAAGAGCACCACAAUGAAGAGUUUCCAGAGUCAUUUGAUGUUGAGGACAACCCAGCUAAUUCUCAGAGCUGCUGCAAAAGGUGGAAAGCAAAAAUAUGGGCUUUAUUUGACGACCCGUUCUCGUCUAAGGCUGCCAAGGUCAUUGCGUUUGUUUCCCUCUUCUUCGUCCUCCUUUCCAUCACAGCUUUCUGUCUGGAGACACAUGAGAGCUUCCACACGUUAGAGCAACGCACAGAGCUGGUCAAUAAUGGGAACCACACAGAAGAGGUGACGUACUAUGAGAUAGUGACCGAACCUACUCUGACUGUGGUGGAGGGCGUCUGUGUGGUGUGGUUCAUAUUUGAGUUCCUGGUCCGUUUCACCUGCUGCUCCAACAUACUGGUGUUUGUGAAGAACAUACUAAACAUCAUUGACUUUGUGGCCAUCCUGCCCUUCUUCCUGGAUGUGGGGCUGGGUGGGAAUGCCCUGGGCUUCCUGCGUGUGCUGAACUUUGUGAGGAUCCUGAGGAUCUUUAAGCUGAUGCGCCACAUGGUGGGAGUGCGUGUGUUAGUCUACACGCUAAAGGCCAGCGUUCAAGAGUUCUGCCUCCUUGCUGUCUUCUUUGGAAUUGGAAUGCUAAUUUUCAGCACCCUGGAAUUCUACGCAGAGCGAGUACAUGGUGACCCUGAAGACCCAACUUUGUCUGUACACACCAAUUUUAAGAACAUCCCCAUAGGCUUCUGGUGGGCGGUGGUUACCAUGACAACCCUGGGCUAUGGGGACAUGUACCCGGAGACCUGUUCCGGCAUGGUAAUUGGAGCCCUGUGUGCUCUGGCAGGUAUUCUGACCAUCGCCAUGCCUGUCCCAGUCAUAGUCAAUAACUUCCGCCUGUACUACUCCCUGGCCAUGGCCCAACAAAAGCUCCCAAAGAAGAAGAAGAGGCAACACCUGCCCCUGUCUGGAACGCUUAGCCAGCCAUCCCCAAGUGGGGAGCAGGUAGAAUGAUGCCUGUUAUCAGGGGAGCGCUCUUGUUCAGAGUGAAUCCCGGCGUUAGUCUGGCUAUGAGACCCUGGAUGUAGAGACUGGAUCCUGAUUGUACCAUUACACCGGAUUGGGACAUUAUAGCUAUGUUAUACCAUCAAUAACAUUAUAACAUUUGACAUUUUAAUAUCUUUAUAGACCAUUGCAUGGGUCAAGGACAAACAAUAUUUGUUUGUGUGCAUUCAAGGUAGUAUGUAUUAUUGGUUUAUUCGGAUCACCAUUAGCUUUUGCAGAAGCAGCAGCUAUUUUUCCUGGGGUCCACACAAAAACAUAAAACACAGCAAGUAACAAAACACUGAUGUACUUACUGGUAGACAAGAACAGUCACACAAAUGUAAAAUGAUACAAUAUACAGUUAGUAUUCCAAACAUCAAGAACACCUUCCUAACAUUGAGUUGCACCCCCUUUUGCCCUCAGAACAGCCUCAAUUCGUCGAGGCGUGGACUUUGUCGGGGAAAGGUGUCGGAAGUGUUCCACAGGGAAGCUGGCCCAUGUUAACUUCAAUGCUUCCCACAGUUGUGUCAAGUUGGCUGGAUGGCCAUUGGGUGGUGGAUCAUUCUUGAUACACACGGGAAACUGUUAAUUCACAGUUGAGAAACUGAGUGUAAAAAACCCAGCAGCGUUGCAGUUCUUGACACAAACCGCUGCCCCUGGCACCUACUACCAUACCCAUUCAAAGGCACUUACAUUUUUUGUCUUGCCCAUUCACCCUCUGAAUGGCACACAUACACAAUCCAUGUCUCAAUUAUCUCAAGGCUUAAAAAUCCUUCUCUAAUCUUAUAUACACUGAUUAAAGUGGAUUUAACAAAUUACAUCAAUAAGUGAUCAUAGCUUUCACCUGUAUUCACCUGGUCAUGGAAAGACCAGGGGUUCUUAUAUGUUCUCUACACUCAUUGUACAAACAACACAAUUAAAGAAUAAUGUGUGUGUAGAUUGUUUGUGUUAGAGUGUGAUAGAGUGUGUGGGCAUGUGUUUGUAUGUGUGUCAUUUCACAGUCCCUAUUGUGCCAUGAGAUGUUGUUUUAUCCAUUUGUUUUAUGUAAUUUUGCUGUUUGCUUGAGUAAUUGGAGAUGGACGGGAGUUCCAUGCGAUCAUGGCUCUGUAUAAUACUGUGCAUUUCCGUGAAUUGUUUUGGACAUGGGGACUGUGAAGAGACCCCUGGUGGCAUGUCUUGUGGGGUAUGUAUGGGUGUCUGAGCUGUAUCUUAUCUGAUUAUGCAACUUUUAUACCAGACAUAACCCUCCCCAUCUUCACAACUUUGUCAAAAUGACUUGACCAUGAUAAUUGACCAUUGAAUGUUACCUAGGAGUUCAGCUUCCUCAACUUGCUCAAUGGUCACACCCUUUAUGCACAACUCCAUUUGAGGUUUAGGUCUUAGAGAAUGUUUUGAACCAAAUACAAUACUUUUGCUGACAUGUAGAGUUUUUAAUCAUAUUCAAGUUUCAGUUAAGUAAUUUAAACUGAACAAAAAUAUAAACACAACAUAUGAAGUGCUGGUCCCAUGUUUCAUGAGCUGAAAUGAAAGAGCCCAGACAUUUUCCAUGAACAAAUUUGUUCACAGUUCGUCCGUGUAGUGAGCAUUUCUCCUUUGCCAAGAUAAUCCAUUCACCUGACAGGUGUGGCAUAUCAAGAAACUGAUUAAACAGCAUGAUCAUUACAUGGGUUGGGGACAAUAAUUGGCCACUCUAAAAUGUGCAGUUUUGUCACACAACACAAUGCCACAGAUGUUUUGAGGGAGCGUUAAAUUGGCGUGCUGACUGCCGGAAUGUCCACUGCAGGAAUAACCAUGCCAGCCCAGGACCUCAACAUUGGCUUCUUCACCUGCGGGAUCGUCUGAGACGAUAUUCUGAGACUAAAAAAUAUUCUGAUUGGCUGGACCUGGUUGCCAAAUGGGUGGGUCUAUGCCCUCCCAGGCCCACCCAUGGCUUUGCCCCUGCCCAGUCAUGUGAAAUCCAUAGAUUAGGGCCUAAUUUAUUUAUUUCAAGUGACUGAUUUACUGUUGAAAUUGUUGCAUGUGUUAAUAUUUUGGUUUAGUAUAGCUAUACUAAUUCAUUUUACAUUAAUUGAGCAUUGAUUUAGACAUGUACUUUUCUAUAUGUGAAACAAUGAGUUGAAACAAUGCUAUUUCUGUAAUUUGAUCAAUACUUGCCUGGUUAAUUCUUAUUCAUGAUUUGUUUAGGUGAGAGUGUGAAAUCACAUUGAUAUUUGAAACAAAAUGGAUAAUUUAUCAGGGGAAAUUGAAACACAGAUUAAAUGCAUUAUCUUUGAUAUAAAAACAUUACAACUUCUAACAAUAUUAACACUACAAAUUAAAACAUUGCAAUUAUAGUUACUGUAUAUUCUAUAGUUUCUACGUUUCUGUUAAGUAAUUUUCUAAUUAUAUGUCACAGUUGGGUGAGAGCGUAACAUCACCACAAUAUCUGUCUGUAAUAAUCAUCCGAAAUAAAAAUGUCUACUGCC